CCUUGUGCUGUGGCAUGCCGUCAUUUGCACACGAAAGAGAAAGGAAAGCCACUCAUGUUGAAUCCAAGAACAAACAAGGUACACCUCAUUAGAAAUCCUAGGCUGGGGUUACAGCUCAGUCAUAGAGUUCCUGCUUACCAUGCUUGAGACCCUCGAGUCCCCAGCACUCCCAAUCCAACUGUAGUUCUCCUGUAAAGCCUUUUAUACCACCAUGGACUGGAGUAAUUGUUCCCUUCUUUGAAACUCCAGAACAGUUUUUAUCUUUCUGUUCCUGUGGCAGGGGAUGGCUUUUACAUUACAGGAACGACAAAUGCUUGGUCUUCAAGGACUUUUACCUCCUAAAAUAGAGACGCAAGAUAUUCAAGCCUUACGAUUUCAUAAAAACUUGAAAAAAAUGACCAGCCCUUUGGAAAAAUACAUCUAUAUCAUGGGAAUACAAGAAAGAAAUGAAAAACUGUUUUAUAGAAUACUACAAGAUGAUUUUGAAAGUCUAAUGCCAAUUGUAUACACACCAACAGUUGGUCUUGCUUGUUCCCAAUAUGGACACAUCUUUAGAAGACCUAAGGGAUUAUUUAUUUCAAUCUCAGACAGAGGUCAUGUUAGAUCAAUUGUGGAUAACUGGCCAGAAAAUCAUGUUAAGGCCGUUGUGGUAACUGAUGGGGAGAGAAUUCUGGGUCUUGGAGAUUUGGGUGUCUACGGAAUGGGAAUCCCAGUAGGAAAACUUUGUUUAUAUACAGCUUGUGCAGGAAUACGGCCUGAUAGAUGCCUGCCUGUCUGUAUUGAUGUCGGAACUGACAAUCAAGCACUCUUAAAAGAUCCAUUUUACAUGGGCUUGUAUCAGAAAAGAGACCGCACACAACUUUAUGAUGAUCUGAUUGAUGAGUUUAUGAAAGCAAUUACUGACAGAUAUGGCCGGAACACACUUAUUCAAUUUGAAGACUUUGGAAAUCAUAAUGCAUUCAGGUUCUUGAGAAAAUAUAGAGAAAAAUAUUGUACCUUCAAUGAUGACAUUCAAGGAACAGCUGCAGUAGCUCUAUCAGGUCUUCUUGCAGCCCAAAAAGUUAUUAAUAAACCAAUCUCAGACCACAAAAUCUUAUUUCUUGGAGCAGGAGAGGCUGCCCUUGGAAUUGCAAAUCUUAUAGUUAUGUCUAUGGUAGAAAAUGGCCUCUCAGAAGAAGAGGCGCAAAAGAAAAUCUGGAUGUUUGACAAGUAUGGUUUAUUAGUUAAGGGUCGGGAUGCUAAAAUAGAUAGUCAUCAGGAACCAUUUGUACACUCAGCCCCAGAGAGCAUACCUAAUACUUUCGAAGAUGCAGUCAAUAUUCUUAAACCUUCAGCUAUAAUUGGAGUUGCAGGUGCUGGCCGACUUUUUACUCCUGAGGUAAUCAAAUCCAUGGCCAGUAUCAAUGAAAGGCCUAUAAUAUUUGCAUUAAGUAAUCCAACGGCAAAGGCUGAGUGCACGCCUGAAGAAGCAUACACACUUACAGAGGGAAGGUGUUUGUUUGCCAGUGGCAGUCCAUUUGGGUCAGUGAAACUCCAAGACGGGAGAGUCUUCACACCAGGUCAAGGAAACAAUGUAUAUAUUUUUCCAGGUGUGGCUUUAGCUGUCAUUCUCUGUCACACCCGACAUAUCAGUGACAAUGUUUUCCUUGAAGCUGCAAAGGCACUGACAAGUCAAUUGACAAAUGAAGAGUUAGCCCAGGGGAGACUUUACCCACCACUUGCUAAUAUUCAGGAAGUUUCUGUUAACAUUGCUAUUAAAGUUACAGAAUACUUAUAUGCUAACAAAAUGGCUUUCCGAUACCCUGAACCUGAAGACAAGGCCAAAUAUGUUAAAGAAAGAAUAUGGCGAAGUGAAUAUGAUUCUCUGCUGCCAGAUAUGUACGAAUGGCCAGAAUCUGCUUCAAGACCUCCUCCCAUAACAGAAUAAAAGCAUCACACUGAGAAGUACUUUCCAUAAAUUAAGGAACCCAUUUUUUUUUUUUGAGAAAACAAAAGAGAGUAUAUCUGUGUUUUAUUCUUCCCAUUUUUCCAUGAAUCUACAUGUCUGUUGGGGGAAGAUGUGUUGACUCUCUUGUUAAGGUCCACAGUACCCUAUCAUCAAGUAACAUAAUACUUCAGGCCUCAUUUGUAGCCCAUUACUACCCCCAAGAGAUGUAAAAAAUACUUUUGUAGAUGCCUUCUCUCCUACUCUUGUUCAUACUUGCCAAGGUAUUUAUUAUUUGCUGUUACAGAUGAUAAUCUUCUCUCGCUGAAAUUUAUUUCUGUGGAUUUUGAGUAGAACCAAAUUUUAACCAAAACUCCAAAGAAAAAUUACCAGUAUUUAAAACUUUGUUUUAAAUAUCUGCUUCAUUUUAUUUUAAUGUUUUGAAAUUCCUUUAUAAUAAACAGGAAAUUUUUUCCCUUUUGUGGGGGAACUAAAUCAAGGUUUAACUGUAACAUUAUGAGAGAAUAAUGGGAAUUAUACUACUGCUGCCUUUAGACAAGUAAAAGCCACUUUCAACAGUAUAAAAAUCAAAUAAGUUAUGUUUUACUUUUGAAAAUUAUAGAGAGUAUACCUUUAUUCCAACAGUGAUGCUUUUUAUUACUUGGUAUAAUUUUGGGAUUCCCCUAUGAUAAUAUUCCUUUAAAUGUUGUUAGUACUAGUGACAACUCUUUUUGUAUUGAAGAUUGUUUUAAUCCUGUAAAAUGGGUAAUAACUGGCUAAAGAGACCAGUUAUUGUGUAGAAUAUACUGAAGAUUUUAGGGGAAAAUUUGAAAAUAACAAAUAGUAUCUACUCAUCAUGGAUGCUUUGAUUCAGUACUGUGGAUUCAACCCAGAGGUAUUCUACCCCAAGCUACAUCCUUAGCCCUUUAUUUUUUAUUUUGAGACAGGCUCUUGCUAGGUUGUGAUCCUCCUAAGUAGCUGGGAUUACAUGUGCGCUGCCACACCCCGUAAGAGGAUAAAAUUUCUAAAUGCUCCUUCUAGAAUUGUAACAAUAAAAAGUUAUUCAUAUACAUAUAUCCAUAUACACAUUAUUUAAUAUUUCUCUGUAGGAAAAAGGAGCUUUCUGUUUUUAUCUUCUCAUCUGUCUACUGAAAUUGAUUCAUAAUAAAUUUUGAAUAUAACUUAUUAUUUUAAGAAUGCUUAGUGUGUACCAUGGGGAAAAAAAGUUUGAAAUGGCAUUGCCAUUUGGAACAUUGAAAAGCAUAGUUGGUUAAUACAUUUAAAAGAUGAAUAAAAUCAUGUCUGUCUCAAAAAA